AAACCAGACACAUGAUUUAAAUGAUCUAAUACUAUAUUGUAUCCUGAAUGGUUUAAGUUAUGUUUUUCUAUCUGAAAUAUGAAGGAUAUUUGAAUGUAAUGUUAGUAUCCACACCUAAUCAGUCCAACUGUGGACCAAUCCAGGGUCAUGGGCGAAUUUCAGAUAGACCGAUUUACAGCGGUUAUGGGCAUAUCUGUUCAUUUAUGACUAAAUUUGGUGUCUCAGUGAAAUCCUUUUGCAUUUAUUUACAGACUGUUGCUUAGGCUACAGAUCGCCUGGCAAAUGUGGACGGUCCGUUCUCAUUACCAAAAAAAGAAGACUCUCCGAUGCCAUAGGUGCUUUUACAUCAUAAUAAUAAGUCGCACACGGGGUUGUAGAUAUUGGCAGAUCUGUCGAGAAAGUCACUAUUGGCACCACUGACACGACGGUCAAUCCUGUAGUAGCCUGACUGACUCGAGAUGCCAGCUGCAGAGGGAUCACAUGGCAUUGGCGAUGUUGUGGGCAACAUAUGUAGACUUUCUCCCGAACUGUUGGCUGAAACAUGUCAGCACAUUCUGAUGUAUCUUCAAGGCCAGACUAGAGGAGUAGAUUCAGCUGAAAUUUCUGAUAGAUUUGAGAGAGCUGGAGUCAGACUUGACCACGAAGAUCUACAGAAAAUUAUCAGAUUUCUUUUGUUAACAUUCAGGUCAUCGGGAAAGAGCAACCUCUCUGGGGAUGACCUUGUAUCGAGGCUGGAUGACAGCGGUAACAAGUGGCCCAAAACGUCCCUUCAGGUGGUGCACAGGUUGUGGAGUGAACAUGGUGCAUUAGUCCAUGCUCAGCAAGAGGUUCAGGCCAUGCUCAGCAUCAGCCAGUUAGUGGACAUGCAGUGGAAACUUGGCAUGGCGGUGAGCUCCGACACCUGCCGAUCUCUCAACUCUCCAUAUGUGACUCUCCUACUGAAGGUUGUUGGGCCCUCUGGAAAUAUUUCUCAGAGGUCUUUUGAGAUGACCAUCCCACAGUUCCAGAACUUUCACAAGCAGUUCAAGGAGAUGGCAGCUGCUAUGGAGACUGUAUGAUGGUUGCAAGCACACCUAACUGCAUUUACACCCAGGAUUAUGUGUGAAAGAAAGGCUUGACACAGGUGUUUUAUCAGCUGGCUGUCUCAAAAUGUGGAUACAAAUUGUGCAAUGAUCAGUUGUUGACUUUACGCUUCCAUUUUCCCACAGAAGCUCCUAAAUGAAUUUCUUUUCAAACCUCCAGAAUUGAAAAUAGAUAAAAAUGCCUGUCUUCACAUUGAAUGCCAAAAGUAGUGUUUUUCCACCUGCUAACUUAUUCAGGUAUCAUGAAUUUAUCUUUAGGAAUAUGUAGUCUACACCCACACACUAAUUAUACAUAACCAUGACAAAUGUUCUAUUUUUGCUACAUUAAAUUACAAAAUGUUUAGAUUAAUCACAGUUUGCAUCCACAUUUCAGUUUGCUUUGUACAGAUAAUGUAUAUUCAAAAUGGAAAACUGUUGCUAAUAUUGCUGUAUUGCUUUUUAGUAAGGGUACGGUUGUGAUUAGCCCACUAUACAUCCUGUAUAUAGUUUACAACAGUAGCUAAAUCUUCAUAUCUACUUUGCAGUGUCGUUGUUGGUUUGCAAAUCUUGCAAAGUAAAUUUAUACAUAUUCACUUUUUAGCCCUUGUGCUGUCUUUUAAUGUUGAAUUUUUGAAGAUGGAUCUUUUUCUAUUCGUGUCUUCACUGAUACCACUGAAAUGCAGUGUGGUUCUGUAAACCUCCGCUGCAUGGUUAAAUUUAACAGCUCAGAUCAAAUAAAUGUAAAAGCAGUUGUGCAAUAAAUCAACUGAAUC